AUGAAACUCAACUCUAGACUAUUCAUGAAACUCCACCCUCUCCUUCAACGUCAAUCAUCUUACCGAAAGCCAUCAUGGGUUCAAUCCCUCCACACCUCAACCAAACAAGAAACUUCUGUUUCCAAUGAAGUAUUAACCGUUAUUAAAACUACUAACCCAAUGGAACCAGCUUUAGAACUCAUGGUCCCAUUUCUCUCACCAAAAAUUGUUACCUCUAUGAUACAAAAUCCACCAAACCCUCAAUUGGGUUUUCGUUUCUUUAUAUGGGCAUCAAAUUUCAAGCGUUUUUGUGCAUGGAAAUCUCACGAUUUAAUCACUGACUUGCUCAUUAACCAAAAUGGGCUUGAGCUGUACUGUCAAACACUUGAAGCACUUAAAAAUGAUGGUAUAAAGGUGCCUAAUGAUGCAUUUUACGUGUUGAUUAAGGUGUAUUUGAAGAUGGGUUUGACUUACAAAGCUGUGGAAACUUUUGGGUCACUGAGAGAUUUUGAUUGUGAGGCUGAUGUUUACACUUAUAACAUGAUUUUGCAUGUUUUGAUUCAAAAGAAUUUUAUUUUCUUAGCUUUAGCUGUUUAUAAUAGAAUGAUGAAGGUGAAUUGUUCGCCGAAUGUAGCUACAUUUAGUAUCUUGAUAGAUGGGUUGUGUAAGGGUGGUAAUCUAAAGGAUGCACUUCACUUGUUUGAUGAAAUGACACAAAGAGGUAUUUUGCCGGAUGCGUUUACAUAUUGUAUUGUUGUUUCUGGGUUGUGUAGAUCCAAGAAGGUCGAUGUUGCUUAUAGAUUGUUUGAUAAGAUGAAAGAUAGCGGCCUCGGUCCUGAUUUUGUUACUUCCAAUGCUUUGCUUGAUGGGUUUUGUAUGUCAGAUAGAGUCGAUGAGGCCUUUUCUCUGUUGAGGCUGCUUGAGAAGGACGGAUAUGUGCUUGGUGUACGUGGGUAUGGUUCUUUGAUUCGUGGGUUGUUUAGAGCUAAGAGAUAUGAAGGCGUGCAACUGUUGUAUAGGAAAAUGAUUGAGGAUAAUAUCAAGCCUGAUUUAUUUUUUUAUACGACAAUGAUGAAGGGGUUAGCGGAAGCAGGGAAGGUUAGGGAUGCGUUGAAGUUGUUGAAUGAGAUGACAGCGAGUGGUGUGGUUCCUGAUACUGUUUGUUAUAAUGUUUUGAUCAAAGGUUUCUGUGAUAUGGGUCUUUUGAGUGAGGCUCAAUCGCUUCUACGUGAGAUGUCUAGGCAUGAUUGCUUCCCUAAUGUCCAAACUUACUCCAUUCUCAUCUGUGGUAUGUGUAGGAAUGGCCUGACCACAGAUGCCCAAGAAAAAUUCAAUGAGAUGGAGAAGCUUGGAUGUCAUCCUUCUGCGGUUACAUACAAUUCCCUUAUUGAUGGACUUUGUAAAACUGGCCAGCUCGAGGAUGCUCAGCUUCUGUACUAUAAGAUGGAGAUAGGGAGAAAUCCGUCGCUGUUUCUUCAUCUUUCUCAGGGGCCCAAUCGCGUUCUCGAUAGAGCAAGCCUACAAACAAUGAUGGAGCAAUUGUGUGACUCAGGCUUGGUUCAUAAGGCCUACAAGAUUCUCAUGCAACUUGCUGACAGUGGGGAUGCACCAGACAUUUAUACAUAUAACAUUCUGGUUAAUGGUUUUUGCAAGUUAGGCAACUUUAAUGGUGCUUAUAAGCUCAUCACGGACAUGCAAGUCAAGGGCAUCUCCCCCGAUACUGUUACAUAUGGAACUCUUAUAAAUGGGCUUCUACAGUUUCAACGAGAAGAGGAGGCAUGUAAGGUCUUUGAUCAAAUGGAGAAGAAUGGGUGUACGCCUGAUGCAGAGAUUUAUAAAACAAGGAUGACUUGGAUGUGCAGGAGAAUGAAGUUGCCACUAGCAUUUAGUCUCUGGUUGGAGUAUCUCAGGAAAACUCGUAGUCAGGAAGAUGAAGCAAUUAAAGCUAUAGAAGGAUAUUUUGAGAAGGAAGAAGUGGAAAAGGCUGUUCGAGGCUUGCUUGAGAUGGACUUUAAGUUGUAUGAUUUUGAUUUAGGUCCAUAUGCUAUUUGGCUAACUGGGCUGUGUCACGCAAGAAGAGUAGAUGAAGCUUUGAAGAUAUUCUUAAUCCUUCAAGAGUGCAAAGCUGUUAUCAACCCCCCUUGUUGCGUGAAAUUAAUAUAUUCUCUAUUGAGAGAAGGGAAUCUAGACCGUGCAAUUGAUGUUUUCCUUUACACCAUUGAGAAAUGUUACCUGUUGAGACAACGGGUUGCCAAUCGAAUACUGAAACAACUUGUCUCUAAAAAGGGUAAAAAGGGAAAGGAUCGUGCCAUUUAUCUUCUACGCAGAAUGAAAUCUGUGGGAUAUGAUCUGGAUGCUCACCUUCGCCCUUGGGCGAAGUCUGUUUUACUUCGGCGUAAUAUACAGGAAAUGGAAAAUAGUGUCCCUGAGAUGAAUUCUGGAUGCGUUGAAAUGCAAAACAGCUAUGGUAAAGUUUGGCAACGGUGGAUGCCUACAGUCAAACAGCGGAGAAAAAUGUUUCAACUGGCUCAAAUGAAAUAUGCAGGAAAUAGAAUACAACUGGCACAAAAAAGGCUGGCUCGAAGGAAAUAUGCAAGAAAUAGAAAAUGGCUGCCCCGGGUUGGUCUCUCAAUGCAUGGAAAUGCAGAACAGCUACAGUAG